AUGGUAGUUCUCUCCAGCAGUGUCCAGGUGUGCCCCGCGGUGUCCCUGGCAGAGCUGCAGGAGAGCUUGAAGCAGUACACAGAAGAAUGCGACCGCAACAACAGUCGGAAUCCUCUCAGCACCGGUUUGGUUUGUAACAGGACUUUUGAUGGUUACUCUUGUUGGCCUGAUGGUCUUCCCAACACAACGGUCAGUGUUUCCUGUCCCUGGUAUCUGCCCUGGUUUGACAAAGUUCAGAAUGGCCUGAUUUACAAGGAGUGUGAUGGAAACGGUCAGUGGGUCAUCAACAAGAACACCAGCGAGUGCGACUCCAACGACUUUAGCCAGCACUACUACUACUACAUUCGGAUUAUGUACACCGUGGGUUAUUCCCUAUCGUUUGUGGCUUUAGUAUUGGCGCUUAGCAUCCUCAUAUUUUUCAGAAAACUCCAUUGUAUGAGGAACAACAUCCACAUGAACCUGUUUGCCUCGUUCAUCCUGAGAGCCCUGUCCAUUCUCAUCAAAGAUGCUCUGGUGGACGCCAACAUCAUGUCACAAGGCCUCAACAGCGAUCAGGACCCCAGCUUCCCGCAGGCGUCUAUACCCCCCAUGGAGAUGCUCGUCAACAAUGAGACCACAAUUGGCUGUCGCAUCGCAGUUGUUAUGAUGCAGUACAGUAUUAUGGCGAACAGCUACUGGCUCCUAGUUGAAGGCAUCUACCUCCACAACCUGCUGGUCAUCACUGUCUUUACCGAGCGAAACUACUUCAAAAUUUACCUGUGCAUUGGCUGGGGGACGCCACUCAUUUUUCUUGUGCCAUGGGUCACAGUGAAAUACCUUUAUGAAAAUCAAGAAUGUUGGGGACAAAAUAUAGACAUGAAUUUCUGGUGGAUUAUCCGUUCCCCAAUCCUUCUGGCUGUUGUGAUAAACUUCCUGAUAUUUAUUCACAUAAUUAAAAUCCUUGUUUCAAAACUAAGAGCGCACCAGAUGAGAUAUUCGGAUUACAAAUUCAGAUUGGCAAAGUCAACGCUUACUCUGAUCCCUCUGCUGGGAAUCCAUCAGAUCUUUUUCAUAUUUGUCACAGAUGAGACGACGUCCAGCACCAUCACCCUUCGGCUCACCAAGCUCUUUGUUGACCUGUUCUUCUCAUCUUUUCAGGGUCUUUUAGUGGCCAUUUUGUACUGCUUCGUUAACAAAGAGGUUCAGUCAGAGAUCUUGAAGAAAUGGAAACGCUGGAAAUUGGGCCGCAACAUUGAGGAGGAAUACCGACACACAUACAGCAACAUGCCCAACACAAAGAGCGGCAGCCUUUUGCACCAUGUGGCCCCGUUGCCUGAGACCACCACCACCCUUUGCAGCCCAGAGGCGAGACACAUGCUGGUGUCCGCUACCCCAAACGGUCUGGACAAUAUCAAGGACCCUUGCGCUUACCCCCUCCAAGAACGGGCCACGGAUGGGGAAAUCUGCGAGGACUGA